GGUGGCCAGCGCUCCGGGCCUCGCUGCCACAGCCCCGGGCCCAGCGGGCCUGUCCGCGGCGCCGCCUGGCUGAGCCGCCCGCCCGCGCCGGGUGCUGCGCGGGCCGGAGGACGCAAACCUCUCCGCUUCCUGAGUUCAGAAGUUCUUGUUGCUUCAGACAAUGGAUGAGCAAUCACAAGGAAUGCAAGGACCACCUGUUCCUCAGUUCCAGCCACAGAAGGCCUUACGACCGGAUAUGGGCUAUAAUACGUUAGCCAACUUUCGAAUAGAGAAGAAAAUUGGUCGCGGGCAAUUUAGCGAAGUUUAUAGGGCAGCCUGUCUCUUGGAUGGAGUACCAGUAGCUUUAAAAAAAGUGCAGAUAUUUGAUUUAAUGGAUGCCAAAGCACGUGCUGAUUGUAUCAAAGAAAUAGAUCUCCUUAAGCAACUCAACCAUCCAAAUGUAAUUAAAUAUUAUGCAUCAUUCAUUGAAGAUAAUGAACUGAACAUAGUUUUGGAAUUAGCCGAUGCUGGUGAUCUAUCCAGAAUGAUAAAGCAUUUUAAGAAACAAAAGAGGCUAAUUCCUGAAAGGACCGUUUGGAAAUACUUUGUGCAGCUGUGCAGUGCGUUGGAGCACAUGCAUUCUCGACGAGUCAUGCACCGGGAUAUAAAACCAGCUAAUGUGUUCAUUACGGCUACUGGGGUGGUCAAGCUUGGAGACCUUGGGCUUGGCCGUUUUUUCAGCUCCAAAACCACAGCUGCACAUUCUUUAGUGGGUACACCUUAUUACAUGUCUCCAGAGAGAAUACACGAAAAUGGGUACAACUUCAAGUCUGACAUCUGGUCCCUUGGCUGUCUACUGUAUGAGAUGGCAGCGUUACAGAGUCCUUUCUAUGGCGACAAGAUGAACCUGUACUCGCUGUGUAAGAAGAUAGAGCAGUGUGACUACCCGCCUCUCCCGUCAGACCACUAUUCAGAGGAACUGCGACAGCUGGUGAACAUGUGCAUCAACCCAGACCCGGAGAAGCGGCCGGACAUCGCCUAUGUGUACGACGUGGCGAAGCGGAUGCACGCCUGCACCGCCAGCGCCUGAGCGCGGCCGCCGGAGCGCGCAGCUCGAGUGUUCUUGAGCAAAGCGCACCUCCUCCUCCUGGGUGUUAAGAGAGUCCUACUUCAGCGCUAACGUGCUUUGAAUCCUUAACCAGUUUUCAUCUAAGCUUCAUUUUGUACCAAUUUAAGUCACCUUCCCGCAAACCCCAGUGACUUUGAAGUAGUCUGAUUGCAUGUUAGGAGAGCAGACGGAACACAGUGGUUCUUAAUGGCGAAAGAAUUUGUAGAAUGAUUGCUUGUUUUUGUGCUGAUCAGUCGUGUCCAGGUAAACUCUCAGUGCCAAACACCGGCGACCUGGCUUGGCCCCAUCGGGAUGAAGCCCAAGGACGGUAUCUGAGCGCGCCUGUGUGCUCUCCAGUCACGCGUGGACAUCUGAGAUGAACACAGUUGUGAACUUCUGUGACUAUCUUAUUUUUAGAGGUUUGAAGUAUGUGUUUUAGUUCUUAGCAUUGUAACUUUCAAAUACAAUUCUUAAAGCUAAAUAUACACAUGAACUGUAUUUUUGUUCAUGAACUGUUUGAGAAAUUUAAAAUCCUUAGCUUAUACAUUCAAAAUGCGACUAGUAAAUGUGAAGAGAUUUGGGGACAAAAAUGUGAGUCAGACACUGAAGAGUUUUUUGCUUUGUUUUAGUAUCUUUGAUAUUCUCCUUGCAUUAAAAUGGUAUAAAUGAAUCCAUUUAAAAAGUGGUUAAGGAUUUGUUUGGCUGGUGUGAUAGUAAUUUUCAAAGUUGCACACUGCCCAAGGCUUUUUUGUGUGUUCUUGCUCUUUGUACAUUUGAAGACUAUUAUUUGAAUAAUCCUGCAGUACUAUACUUCAGUUCCUUUAUGAAUUUAAAUGCUCUACUCAUGAUCGUGCACUAUAGUAUAUAGCAUAUGUUUUUAUUCAUAGAGUUUAUUGAAAUUCUGAUUGGUCCCCUUCUGAAAGUUUUUUAUAUUCAAGUUACUUUCCUAUUUAUAUUGUACAUGAGUUUUAUCCACUAAUGUUUCAGAUGUUCUGACAACAUUAUAGCCUUAAAAGAAUAUUUGGUAUACCAACACUUUUCCUGGAAGGAAAACAUUUUUUUAACUUUUUAAAAUUUGGGCUACCCUGUGUGUGUGCCCUGUCUAGUUAGGAAGAGGGGUUUGUGUUGUUCUGUGCCUGUGAACGCUGAUGCCGUUUCAGUUCAUCCGACAAGGUUGCAGAUUUAGGAUAUGUUUAAAGAAGUGAAAACUAGCCACUACCGCAGCCGGAAGUUUUAUGAGCUAAACAUCUCUGUUGAGAAGCUUCUAGCCAAGUACUGUGUUCGUGCCCGAAGCUGCCCGAGGUGGUGUAGUUUACUGGAGCGGGCAGAGUUCAGUACCUGCCGUCCUGGAGACGUUUGCCCUGGACGCCUGCGCGUUAGCGGUGAUCCACUCCCACACGGCCACGUGGCCGUCACCACCUAAGGACCCCCUGCCGCCAUGGAACCUGCCCAGUAACCCUGCCAACCGGAACCCCUCGUGCUCAGAGAGCGCCUGCCCUCAGCCCAUAUAGCUGCUGGUUUUGUUUUUUUCAUAGAAGUAUUUUUCUUACAAUCAUUUGAAUACUUUUAUUUGUAAACAUUUAAAAUGUACAAAGUGUAGACGUCUUGUUUUUCUAAAUUUAAUCAGCUACAGUAUCAGUUGUGAAUUAUGGUGAUUUAUCCCAGUGCAGGUGGGGGAGAGCUGGCGGCUCUGCAUCCCAGGCUGCAGGGACGCCCCGGGCCCCCGGCGCCCCCACGCGCGUCUCCAGAGAGGUAUUGUCUCUGUUGACCUUAGUGUCCUGUUCAUUCUAAUGUAAUAUGACUGAUGGAGAUGAGAUGUCCUCUACUUGGAACAAAUAUGCUCCUUUUUCUUGCAAUCCUUAAAAAUACAUCCAUCUAAAAGCCAUUAGCUGGACCCCCUCACAGGACUUCCAAGCAGAGAUUUAAACUUUUAAGUGAACCUAUCAGCUAGAAGGAAAUUGGGAAAAAUUUAAUGAUCAGGGUAAUCUAUUAUUGUUUUCUACAUGUGGAAACUUUCUGUCUUGGAUAUUUUAUCUUUUUUUUUUUAAUCUCAGUGUUCACAUUUUUCUGGAAGAAACCACUGUGCACAAAACAAAUUUUAAUUCUGAAUAUUUCAAAGAAUUGUGAAGACGAUGAGAAGUUUUAAUGUUUUAUAAUCACCUAUGAAAUGUUCUCUUUGUAUUUCUGUUUAUAAGUAAAUUUUGUAUUGAUUAAAUAAAACAUUUGACUUGAAAUGAGGAACAGUAAAAUGAAAGGUACAUCUGAUUUCUAACUUUUGUUCAGACUUCGGUACCAGUUUCCCAGGGCACACAGUGGGGUGACCUUGGUCCGCGUGCUGAGGCCUAGGGAUGGUGGACGAAGGGUAUCCCUGUAUACAUAAAGUGCUCAGCAGUGUGUACUGAUGGUGAGUUCAGUGAGCUGUGACGGCCACUCCGUGACUGCUUACCAUCCUGCAUAGUCUCCAUUACAAAACACCCUGCUUGUAUCCGUAUACACUGCAGGUGUUGCUGUUAACAUUUGCGUAUUUAUUUUAACCAAAAUGUUAUUCAUAGUAAAUGUUUUUUCUUUAAAAUGAAUGUAUUAUGUUUAUAUCCCACCAAUGAAUAAUUAUCUUAUGCCUCAUAUUUCAAUAGUACUGUAAUAUGAACUUUUGUGAAAUACUUUUAUUUUGUUAUGCUUCAAAUACACAUACUACGAAGACUCUGUUGUUAGCUUUGAAAAUUGUAUAAUAUUCUAAUAUAAAUAAAAAUAUAAAACUAAAAAUAA